AAGAAUGUCAUAAUCACAUCUCUGCACUCAUCUUGUAUCUCUCAGUCUCCACUAUUUUUUUAAUGUUUAUAAUUUAUUUGUUUGCAGAUUUUCAACCCGUCUCUUAACUUUUAACUAAGAAUCGUCUCUUAAAACUCUUAUUUAAAAGCCGGUUCUUAGUUUUUUUAGUUAAAAGUUAAGAUGCAUGUUCUUAUAUUUCGCUAAGAAUCUUACCUUAAGAACUAUCCAAUAAUGAUGCUUUUAUGACUCAUUCACACUAUUGUUUUGCUCAAAAAAGAAAAAAAAACACUGUAUUGUUAGGCUUUUAAUGGGCUUUUAUAGGCCCAUAUUAUUAACGGGAUCUCGUGAAAUCAGUACCUUAUCCAUGGAAGCUAGGCUGGCAAGAUAUUGCCACUUACAAGGUAAUGAAUCAUGCUUACAAAACAACCGUUGAACUUCUUAGGUUGGUUGAGUAGUAAAAACACAUUUUUUGCAGCCCCCCGAAGAUGCUUUGUUCGCACACCCGAGGCUGUUCAGAGCUUGUGUUCCAACUUCACCUGGAAUGCACCGUUUCAGAGGCAACAUUUGGGAUUUCGACAGAAAACCUAAAGUCAUGCAGGCCUUAGGUUACCCUUACCGAUGAAUGAUAUAAUCCAAGAGAUAACCGAAGCUAGAAACAUCGAACUUGGACUCGGUUUACAGGUAAAAGAGCCAUUCACUUUCUCAUGCAACUAUGUUACUUUCCUUAUCUGACCGUUCUUUUCACUUCCCCCAGCUCUGCUUUUUGCAUCCUUCAAAGCACAAGUUCGAACACCCUCGGUUUUGUUUCGAGAGAAUAGAAUACGUGGGCCAGAAGAUACAGAUGAUAUUGCAGGACACAUAGCAAUGGCGGAGCGUUUGUUAAUGAAGCACCUGGACGCACCAGUUCGUUAAUGAACAAGUUCUGCGGUAGGUAUCUCAGGGAGAAACGUCAUCACAACUUUAUAAUCUACUCGGAGGAUGUUCAUGAUCGGAAUGAGCAUAACCGGAGACUUAGAAACCCAGCAACAACCGCUGUUCAACAAGCCAUUCACGCCCUAGCUUAGACUAUCUACGGCAAACCUGAUGUUCGGAGGCUCCUGUUUGAGGUUUUUGACUUCGAACAGAUUCAACCUAAAGCUGUCUGAAAAAGUCUCUCACUCUUUUGGCUUCAUGUAUUUUUAGUUUGCUUUCUUUUUUUGGAUUUGGUGUCUUUAGUUAAUUCUCCCUCGUUCAUGAAAAUAGAAGUUUUACAUUUUAAGAAUAAAUCUAGAAUUUCAAAAGUAACCCAUUUUCAAUAAUUUUUUUUAUUAUUUUAAUAUUAAUUGUUUUAGUUAAUGUGGACAAAAAUUGUAAAUAAAUUUAAAAGUUACAUUGAAAACAGAAAAAAAUUAUAUUUAUGAAACGAAUAAAAUAUUCUAAAUUUCUAUCUAAAACAGAGGGAGCAACUUUUAUUGUGUUUCAAAAAAAAAAUUAAUAACUUUUAUUUAUUUAUAUUUUUCCACAGUAAAAACUGUCUUAUGAAACGUAGUAGCUGAGGUCUAGAGCCAACUACACCUGUAGAUGGGGCAGUAUUCUCUCACAGUAUCAACACAUGCAAACAUGAGGAAGUCCAUUUGAUUACGUGGUCGCAUGCUCACCUUGGCCUUCCACGUAACACGAACCCCAUGCGGUUUCUGAUUCUUAACCUAAUUAUUAUUUGGUAUAAUAAACAAUUCAAUAUAUAUAUGUUGAUUUUAAAUGGUUAUUUUACUGUAGUUUUAUAUUCACCUGGCUCCUGAGUAGUAUUCUAGGUGUGUGUGUGGUGCUAAUUAACGUUCCAACGUGUCAAAAUAUAAUCACACGAUUUGCAUAAUGUUUAUGAUAAAUGUGUUAUGAGAUUGACCUGGUACUUAAACUUCUUCUUAUAACCAAAUGAUUUGGUACUCCCAAAGUAAGUUAACAAAGAUCUUUAUAUCUAUAUGUUUUUUUUUUUCUGGCAACAAACCCUUUUAUUACUCAAGCUUCAAGGUGGUCUGGGUAACUAGAGCGGAAUAGAACAACCGGUAAAACAAAGAUAUCUAUGAAAAAAACGUGCAUUCCUAGCUAACGAGUCUGCAAUCUCAUUUUGCGUCCCUGGAAAGUAGUUGAUCUUAAAGUCCGAAAAACACAACCGAAGAGUUUGAAUGACCUCCAGUUCUGUUGAAAAGUUUGGCUAAGCUUGUGGGUCCGUUAUCAUUGCAACCAGGUCCUUGUAAUCUGUCUCAAAUCUCUGGCAGGUCGAAUGUUGUAUCAUACUCUUCAUUGCCCAUUUUAGCGCUUC